UAAAAACCAUUUGGUAUCAAAUAAAAACAGGUGUAUUUCCCCCUCUGUUACGGAUGUACGGAGGUCUACUUUUAUGUUGUACUCCGACCUUAUCAAGAUGGCGGAUUGAGGACGUCGACAACUUCCGGUCGUGCCCCCUGAAUGCUUGUGAUGACCUCAAACAAAUGGCGUAGGAUACCGCUUUUUGAAAUUUGCAGGAAAAACAAACAUUUGAAAACAAGGUAACGACGGGUGCGAUUCAACUCCACUCACAACUGUAACUACAUGUAGGUUUAGCCUCCACACCAGCGUGACGAAUAUAAUUGUAGAGCAUUUCUCACACUGUAUCGUUGGAGUUCUUUGUAUAUUAGAGUUUACCAACGUUCUGGAGCUAACGGCGUCAACCGACGAACAGCUGAUAAUGUGCGCGCUUUAUUGACCAGCUAAGUAGUUUAGGGAACUUCAAUCAAAUAUUUCAGUUAGACUAAGUCUAAGACAAAAGCUAAGCUAACAACAAACAUUGAUUUAGUAACCUAAAUAGUUAAGCUAGCAAAGUAGGUCAACAGUAAUUGUGCUAGCUAACGAUAGCUGUCGCUAACAAAGUGACUAAAGGUGGACUACAACGUUAAAGGAGACAGUAGAGACAUGGCAGAGAGACUGGCGGAGAUGGAGGAAGAUAUUGGAGAUCUGCCAGCCGGGGAGGAUGGCAAUGACUCAGACAGAGAUGAAGAUGAGAGACUGUUUGCUUGGAUGGUAAAUGACGAUAUGGAUGAGGAAGAACAGGAGGAGGAGGAAGAGGUGGAGGAUGAACAGCCCUUGUUGGACACCGAAGGACCUGAAUCGUUUGAGUUAGAUACCCCAGCUGAGCGCAGUGGUCACAUAGCAGUGGUUGACAGAAACAUCAUGUAUGUUUGGGGUGGAUAUAAGAAUGCCCAAAACCACGGAUUCUUUGACUUGUACCUGCCGAGAAAUGAGAUCUGGAUUUACAACAUGGAGUCUGGAGUAUGGACGAAGCAUGUAGCUGGAGGCAACCUGCACACAUCCAUGUCAGGCAGCUGUGGGGUGUGUGUUGAUGGAGUUCUCUACUUAUUUGGAGGUCAUCACGCCAGGGGAAACACUAACAGGAUCUAUCGCCUGCCCCUUAGAGCGCCCAGCCUUGUUUGGGAGGAAAUGAGGGAUCUUAAAGGACUUCCUCCAUCCUGCAAGGACAAGCUUGGGUGCUGGGUUCAGAAAAAUAGACUUAUAUUCUUUGGGGGCUACGGCUAUGCUGUACAAGGGCUUCAUCAAGGGACUUUUGAAUAUGAUGAAUCGUCUUCACUUGUGUGGGACAGCCCAGGACGAGGUUGGAACAACCACAUCCACGUACUGGACCUGGAGACAUCUACAUGGAGCCAGCCCAACACCAGGGGAAACGCCCCAUCACCCAGAGCUGCUCAUGCUUGUGCUACAGUUGGUAACAGAGGCUAUGUGUUUGGGGGACGAUACAAGAACUACAGACUAAAUGACCUGUACUACAUUGACCUGGACACAUGGGAGUGGCAUGAAAUGAGCGUUCCCCAGCAGGGUCCUGUGGGCCGGUCUUGGCACUCCUUCACUCCUGUGUCACCAGACCACAUCUUCUUAUUCGGAGGAUUCACCACAGACAGAGAGACACUGAGUGAUGCUUGGCUGUACUAUGUGAGCAAAAAUGAAUGGAAGCCUUUUAAACACAGUCACACGGAGAGCCCGAGACUGUGGCACACAGCAAGCUCUGGUCCUGAUGGAGAGGUGUUUGUGUUUGGAGGAUGUGCCAACAACCUGUUGUCUCAUCACAGAGCUGCUCACAGCAACGAGUUACUGGUUUUCAACGUUCAGCCCAAAUCACUAGUUCGUUUCUGUAUGGAGGCCGUUCUGCAGCACAGGGAGCGUUUGUCGAGUUACUGGGACUGCUUGCCGAAACACCUCCUGCACAGCCUCAAACAGAGAAUGGCGCGCGUCAACACACUGGGCUCCUAGGCUUAGAGGAAGCCGUCAACCUUGUUCAGAGGAUUACAGGAGAAUGUGUAUGUAUGGAUGAUAAGAGUUUUGCUCUCAAAGCUGGUAGUCCUAUUGAAGCAUUAGUUUAAUGUGUGUGGACACGUAUAAUAAUUCUCUGAGCAAUAGUGAACAGCUGUGGAGCUGUUGGAAAUGGGACCUGACAGAAAGAGAGCAGAGGUCCUGCACUACUUUUGAGUUAGUUUAUGUUCUGAUUUUAAGCAGGUCUUCUUUCAUUUCUCCAUCUGAAAAGCUUAAAUAUGAUAUUGUAGUUAUUUCUGUGUUCUAAGACAAAUGGAUUGCUACUUCUGUACUGGAUACAACAACUUGAUAACUGCAAGUUCAGGGAAGCUGUGACAGUGCUUCUCUGUUUACGAUUCUGGGGAGUUGUUUUAAAAAGGUACAGUAUGUCGCAGUUGGGGGGGGGGGGAUCUUUUGGGAAAAUAUAUAUAUGUAUAUUACAGCACAUCCUGUAGGUAUGACCAAGAGUCAGGGAAACAGUUCUAGUCCUUUAAAACAAACAUGCCAGUCACUUGUUGGAAUUGUGGUUUUUAAUUGGUUUUCCUCAAAAAUGUAUACAACUUAAAAUAUGAGUCUGUCUUAACACUAAACACAGUGGUGCAAGGCUGAAACAGGUUUGCUUUAACAAUGCAGAUUUUUUUUUUAGGGAGCCUGUUGCUUCAAUGAUUGAUAUAACUUACGUUUGGCAUGAUCUUUGAUGCAGAUGUUCACUAAAUCUUGAAUAGUAUAAGCUCUCGCAGACCUAAAACUAGUGCUUUGUUACUCAAGACUAUCUCCUCUGAAGCCACAGAAAUGUUAAUUUUUAUUUAUAUAAAAAUGUAUUUAUAUAUUUGUGAGGAAAUGUGUGAGUUCUUUAUUCUGAAAGAGGCCUUUAAAGCCUUUUUAGAUUGUCGUGAGUGGUUCCGGUAGCAUUUCAAUUUUGUUUAAUCAAUAACUUAAAUAUGUUGUGUAUUGGAUGUUGAGCCAUUUUGCACUGAAAUGCCUAAUGUCAGUAGGGCUUUGUUUGUAUUUGCCUGGUUUGCACAAUGUUCCCUUUGGUGUUUUUUAUUGUAGAAUACAAUGCAUAAUUUUCAUUCGUACUCGAAGAAUAAACACAUGCCAUUAGUUGUGUUUUGUUGGUCAACAAAUACAAUCAAUAUCUAAGCUGAAAUGAUCAGCUCUUGAAAUCUAGAUGAAGUCGGCAGAGUCCCACAGUUCUGUGUUCACUCGUCUUAUUUCUUCUUGACAGCCAGCAGGUUUGGAGCAGACACUUUAACUUUGCCUGGGAUAUUUCUGGAUAGAUCAGUAUCCUGCAACACAGGAUGAUAUCGGAGGGGAUACAGUUUAAUUGUUAUAUAUGUCAUAGUAUAGCAUGUCGAAAAAAGUCAUAAAAACAGUAUAAUAUGCCAUCAAAGAAGCUAUAUUAUAAGAUGUCACAAAAAGUAUA